AUGUCUAGAACGAAGAUCAUCUAUCUUGUCCGACACGGACAGGCCGAGCAUAACAUUUCCGAACAAAACCCCCAAGGAAACUCCUCUGUCAAGGACCCUAAUCUGACUCCUUUGGGCCGCUCCCAAUGUCAAGAUCUCAGAUCCCGCUUUCCCCACCACUCGUCAGUCGAGAUAGUUCUGGCUUCUCCCCUCCGCCGCACCAUCCAAACUGCCGUAACAGCCUUCGGAUCCGUCCUAUCAAGACCUGAAGUUCCGUUACUGCUUGUACCGCUGGCACAGGAAAUCAGUGCGAGACCAUGUGACACAGGCACGGACCCGGAAGUUCUCGAGGCGGCGAUGCAGGAUGUUCUCGUAAAUGUGGAUGUGAAGGUUAAUUUGGACGGGAGGAUUGAUUAUGGCCUUUUGGAGGAGGGCUGGAAUGGCAAAGCAGGGAAAUAUGAAGCAUCCUUAAAAGCAGUCGAGCAGCGAGCAGCAGAGCUCCGCCGCUUCUUGUGGAAACGCCCCGAGACAUCAAUAGUACUCGUUACCCACGGCGCAUUCUUGCAUUAUCUUACCGAAGACUGGACUGGCUUGAUCCCCCCUCGAGGCACGGCCUACAAAACCUGCGAGUUUCGUACGUUUAAGUUCGACGAGAGCUCAAAUGAAGAGAAUGCCCAUUUAGUUGAGAUCGGCGGGCCGCCUAAACAGGGAAUCAGACCAGUGGGCGCACAUGCCCAUGACAUAACUGGGGUUGAACCAUUUCCAGGCGCGGAACUUCCAGUGCAGACGCCAGCAGCUGAGUGA